UUUCAUUGCCUCCACUACUCUCUCCUAUAAAACCGCAUGCGCUCCCUAUUUCUCACACCUGCUUCUCUCUCUAAAACCCUUGCUUCUCUCCCUUUCUCACUCCAAACAGCAAUUCAGCAAGAGAUCGAUCAAUAAGAGAUACAAAAAGACGGCUCUGCAGCCUCUGCUGUAGCUUACGCCGACCUUGUCACCAGCGCCAUGAACUCAGUUCUAAAUACUCUAGAGAACAGCCAAACUGAAGCCUACUCCAACUCCUCCACCUCCGUUACUGAAGACCGUCUUUAUCACUCCAGCCUCGUGACACAGCACCAGGAUAUGAUCAACCAAUACGCUCUUUGCCAAAGUGAAGCCUACUCCACCGCAUCCUCCUCCGUCACUGACGACCGUCUCUAUCACUCCAGCCUCGUGACACAGCACCAGGAUAUGAUCAACCAAUACGCUCUUUGCCUCACUCGCCUCCGCAAGGCUGCCGAGAUAGCUCGCAUUCUCCGCCAAGAGAACGCCAGUCUCCGAUCUAUAAAUAUCGAGCUCAACAACCGCCUCAGCCUCCUGCUACAGUCCUCCGUCCAGAAACACUUCCUCUCCUCUGAUUAUGAUCAGAACCCCGUGCCGUCUGAGCUUGUGAACGGAUUUCGUAGUCUGUAUAUUGGCGGUGACCAAAAUGAAGAGAUGUCCGAUGCGAGUCCGACCAGCGUUAUAAGAGGCAUGGACGUAGGGAGGGCAACGCUACCAAAGAGCGUGUCCGUCAGGUCCGAUGGAUACUUGAAGAUGAACCAGGCAGGGGCCACAACCAAAACAAGGAGCGUGAAUCGGCCACGAAAUGUGAGUCCACUCGGCCGAACGCAGAAAGUAUACGUGGGUGGAGGGAAGAAAGAGGAGCCGGUGAUGCUUGAGGUGUACAACCAAGGCAUGUUCAAGACUGAACUGUGCAACAAAUGGGAGGAGACUGGCACUUGCCCUUACGGAGAUCACUGUCAAUUUGCCCAUGGCAUGCAUGAGCUCCGCCCAGUGAUCCGCCACCCUCGCUACAAGACCGAGGUUUGCAGGAUGGUCCUCGCAGGCGAUGUCUGCCCCUAUGGCCAUCGAUGCCACUUCCGCCAUGCACUCACUGAUGAGGAGAAGUCUUUCAUGGCCCGCCUGAAUCACAGGGCAAUCAAGCUGGGCAGGUAAUUACAAUAUGCAGGUUGAGGUAUAUAAUAUAGCUAGGAAGCCAGGGGUAACAGGAAAUAAAAAUGUUGCUGGGAGAGGGCUUUGGUGCCGGGAGGGUGGGGAUUUGAAAGGAGGACCAAAGAGAGGCUUAUUGUGCUUUAAUUUGAUGACUGUAUCUUACCUUAGCUUUUUUUUUGUUUCUCUAGAUAUAGACAUUGAGAGUUCAAUACCCAUACUGCUAUACAUGCUUGGUGAUGAACUGAUGAUAUAAACCCCAAGCAACACCAAAAUAGAAGUUGUAAUGGUGUCACGAGUCUGAUUCUAGUAAAAUAAAUAACCCCAUUUUGGAGUUUC